AACAAACGCAUUGAAGACGAGACGGCCAAACUGGACAUCAAGGACUUCUACGUGGCCUCAAGCCCUCCGCCCUCCAACUUUGUCGACACACCGGCCAGACCUCAGUCGGCCACUGGAAACCACGGGCAACGACAGCGAAUGCUAAGCGGAGGCAAUACUCCCGUAGAGAGACAGCGGAUGCUUAGCGGAGGCAAUAGUUUAGAUAAGACUAAGGGAACGCCUAUGAAGAGAGCCAAAUGGCAUUUGGGAAUCCGAUCGCAGAGCAAACCACACGAUAUAAUGAAUGAAGUUUACAGAGCUAUGAAAGCAUUGGAUUUCGAGUGGAAAAUCGUGAACGCAUUCCAUGUGCGGACUCGUAGGAAGAAUCCGAUAACCGGGAAGUACGUGAAGAUGACUCUCCAGUUAUAUCAAGUGGAUUACAAGAGCUAUUUGCUUGACUUCAAGUCGUUGGCCUGCAAUGAGGACGAGCCCAACGAGCUGUGCGCCAGUGCUGGCAGUGGAAGCAAUUCCAGUGACCCAUACAAUCAGUCCCAAUGCCAUCAUAUUAUGGAGUUCUUCGAGAUGUGCGCCUCUCUGAUCACUCAAUUGGCGCGUUAGUCAACACAAACACAACCUCCCGGUGCUAAUGGCAGCAAAGUUUUCAUUUUUGAUUGCGUCUUCCCUUUUGUUUGCUUUCAAUUACAAGAUCUAUACCUCAAUAGCAGUGGUCUUUGCGCUCC